GGGAUCAGGAUCAGCAGCGGGAUUGGGUUGGGAUCAGGAGUGGGACCGGGACGAGCCGGGUCCGCGGCGCCGCCUCCCGGGGGCAGCGGGAGCCCGGAAGAGCCGGCGGCGGGAGGAGAGCGCGGCGGCCGGGAAGAGCCGGCGGGAGGCGGCCGGAGCCAGGCGGGAGCGGGCCGGGAAGAGCCGCCAUGGAGCGGAAGAGUGCUUUUCCUUUGGGCCAAGCUUCCCCAGGAAGAGACAGGACUCUCAGUCAUUUCAGCCCCAGUGGGAAGAAGUUCCGCAGCAAGCCGCAGCUGGCCCGGUACCUGGGCAGCUCCAUGGACCUGGGCACCUUCGACUUCCGCACGGGAAAGAUGCUGAUGAACAAGAUGAACAAGAACAGGCAGAGGAUGCGCUAUGACUGCUCCAACCAGGCCAAGGGCAAGCCUGAUUUGAACACGGCCCUGCCUGUGAGACAAACAGCCUCCAUCUUCAAACAGCCUGUCACAAAGAUCACAAACCACCCCAGCAACAAGGUGAAGAGUGACCCCCAGAAAGCUGUGGACCAGCCCAGGCAGCUCUUCUGGGAGAAGAAGUUAAGUGGACUGAACGCCUUUGACAUUGCAGAGGAGCUGGUGAAAACAAUGGACCUUCCCAAAGGUUUGCAAGGGGUGGGCCCGGGGUGCACAGAUGAAACCCUGCUCUCUGCCAUCGCCAGUGCCCUGCACACCAGCACCAUGCCCAUCACAGGCCAGCUCUCUGCAGCUGUGGAGAAGAACCCUGGGGUUUGGCUCAACACCUCACAGCCUCUCUGCAAAGCCUUCAUGGUGACAGAUGAAGAUAUCAGGAAGCAGGAGGAGUUGGUGCAGCAGGUGAGGAAGAGGCUGGAGGAGGCCCUCAUGGCUGACAUGCUGGCCCACGUGGAGGAGAUCGCCAGGGAUGGGGAACCCCCCUCAGAGAAAGAAGGAGGGGAGGAAGAAGGAGAAGAGGAAGAAGAGGAGGAGGAGCAGGACCAUGACCAGGAGAUGGAGAAUGUAUAGUCCAGGGAGUUCCAUCUAAGAAUUCCCAGUAUAAAGCCAAUCAGCAGGGUCAGCACAACCAUUUACAGAGCCAGGAGUGCACCACCAGCCCAACUGUACCCCGGAGCAUUUGGAUGUACCUCAGGAAACUCGGGAGCUGAUGGUUCAUUCGCUGCUGGGGAGUUUUGCAGGUGGAACUUGACUAAACUCCACUCCCCCUCCUUUUUCUGAAGGGGUGGGGUGAUUGGGAAUGCAAAAGUGGGAGGGGAUAAAGGAUUAUCACAUGGUGGGAGGGGAAAUAAUAGGAACCAAAUUUGCUGUCUCUUUUUUUUUUAUUAUUAUGUUUUGUGGGUCAGUUCGAGGUGAUACAUUUUUAAGCUUUUUUUAUCAAAAUACCUUUAAUGACCCAUGGAAACAAUUUUCUCUCUAACCCAGGAGAGAGAGAGAGAUGCUGUUUCACUCCUUGGCUACUCUGCUGUGGGCUACCUGUUUGUUCCUGGCUGUAGGGAGGUCAUUUCAUGUCGUGGAUUGUCAUUCCAUAUGUGAAUUCCAGUCACUGAGUCGCCGUUUCCUCACGAGGCCACAUUGGUCUUGGAAGUGCAGUCUCAGAGCUGAACUGCCAGUGCCUGGUCCCAGCUGAGCUUUGGGGAGUAGGGGAAGUUACACUCGAGGAAUUGGGCUGCCAGCUCUGGUAGUUGGGCUUUGGGGUUAGUUCCACACCACACUCAGAGCACUCCCGAGCAGGGUCUGGGCUCUGUGUGUCCAAACACUCUGGAUAGAGUUUGGGAGAGAAAUAUACCCAACCUGAGGUGUAUUUUGGUUUGGUUCAAGUCCAGUCAGAAGGACUUUUUUUUCUCAACUGGGGAUGGAAGGAUGACUCAUUUCUGACUGACAAUGAGGAAAACUUCUUCCUUUUUCUCUUCUGGUGCCAAGAACCUGCCCUCUGUUCCUCUGUGUGGAGGGAAGGGGAUCCAUUCCAAAGGUGUGGCCACACACCUGCUUUCGUGUGCAGUAAUGUUCUGACCUCUUU